AUGGAUCUUGACGAAGAUUCUAUAUUACACCGAGGUUUACUUGCCGAAGAAGAGGAAGACACAGCUCCUUUAGAUGAUAACGUAUUAAGAAGUAAUACCACGAGAUAUAAAGAUGACGACGAAAAUUUAAAUAGGAAUGUUGAAGUCUUGGAUACUAAUGACAAUGACAAUCAGAGUGUAACUAGUUUUGUUGAUACACCUGUGACAUUCCCUGAGGAACAACAGCAACAGCAGCGACAAAAUAUUUUUAGUAUUAUGGAUGAAGAAGAGGAUGAAGAAGAGAAUGCAUA